GUGGUCUGUUUUACCUUUUUGACGUCUUUUGUGACAGAAAAAUGAACGAAAUCGUAGUUCCCAAAUUUCUUCUAACUGGAGGCUUGUACAUCAUCUCCUGGGUGCUCGUUUUGUUCUAUCCGACUCAAAGAAUGUUAGUCUGGUACCGAUUUGGACAUACGAUUCGCAGAAAUGUUUAUAUAACGAAUAAAUUAAUGGAGGUGAGUCCGAUCCGCCAUUUUCCUGACCGUCGACAGACAUCAAUUCCAAUAUUUUAUAAUUUUUUGAUGAUUGGGUAAUAUAAAGACCGGACUAACAUUCUUUAGGGACUCCUGCACACGUCCCUUAAAUUUCUUUGCAAUCUGUUCGGUAGGAACGAAAAAAGGGUAUAAAUGUGAUAGAUGAGAGUACGACAGUUUCUCGCUGGUAUCCUUCUAGGCAUUCCUAUUGGGAUCACCUUCCUUGAUACAAUUGGUUACGUAGCUAAAGUAGAAGGAGUUUCUAUGCAACCAACUUUAAAUCCAGAUGAGAACAAACCUGAUUACGUUUUUCUAAAUCGUCGCGCAAUUCGUACACAAGAUAUUCAGCGUGGUGAGAUAGUUACUGUUAAAUCUCCAAAGUCUCCGAAUCAAAUUUUGAUCAAGCGUGUAGUAGGUCUUUCUGGAGACAUCGUACAAACCCAUGGAUAUAAAACAACAAUUCUCAAGAUUCCAGAAGGUCACUGUUGGGUAGAAGGAGAUCAUAUUGGUCGGUCUAUGGAUUCUAAUACCUUCGGACCAAUUUCUACCGCAUUGAUAACUGCUAAAGCUACUUCUAUAGUAUGGCCACCUAGCCGUUGGCAAUACCUUCAUCCCUCUAUGUCGAAUCAUAAUUUUCCAUUGAAUUCAGUAAAGGUACCAGGUGGUUAAAUAUAAAUGUAAAGAAAAUGAGGGCUGUCAGUUU